UCCGUCAGAGUGCAGCAGACUGCAGUCUCUCUCUCUCUCUCUCCUCGCGCGGUUCCGGGACAAUGGCUCUCCUCCUCCCAGUCUGCCUGCUGCUGCUCUCCGUCGUGAUCUCAGCUGAUGGGAGUGUUGGCCCCAGCACCAGCAGCAGCCUCUGCAGCGAGUCCAAGGAGUGUGUGGAGUUUGUCGUGGUCUGCAGGACGGACGAGUACGAGGUGCGACACUACAGCCCCACCUGUAGGCCCCCCCGGCCCAGAGGGGUUCACCUGUGUGUCUCCUCACAGCUCUACUUCUCUGAGAUGCCGGGGAUGGACGUGUACGUGAGGAGCUACGGAGGCUGGAUGCUCUCCGUCACCUCCAGGCUCCACGCUCACCUGCUGACGGAGGAGCUGCGCCGCGUAGGAGCGUCCUACAACCACAGCUACCACUACGGGGUGGGCUACGACAGUCCCUUGAAGCUGUUGAACAGGCACAAUGAGGUCUGGUACGUGUCCGAGGGCGAGCCGGUCUGCACAGACCCACAAGAGCCCACCCCUGCACACACCCCCAGACCCACACACUCUCCCAGUCUAAGCCCCUCCCACACACACUCUCCCCUUCUGAGCCCCUCCCACACACACUCUCCGCCUCCCCCUCCCUCCCCCCCUCCAACCUCUCCUCGUAUGCAGCAUCCACCUCCUCUUCUCAGACGCCCACCGACUCCCCCGCCCUCCCCCCGUCCGACGCCCCGCCCAGUCCUUCAUCCGACCUGGCCGGCGCCGCCGCAUUCAGCCACCCCCCCACCUCCGCCCAGAUCCCCCUGGCCCGGACCAGCAGCGGCGCUCCGGCCGCCUCGUCCCCGGAACCGCGGGCCGGCGGCGCCCCGCGGUGAUGGAAGCCGCUCCAGGAACGAGGCCACAGGACGUAGAAAGACGCCCCCUGCUGGUCCUGGGUCAGUCCUCCUCGCGCUACUUCUUCCCUCCAGCUUUGCACCUGCAGCUCCUCAAAGAAACGAGGCGGUUAUUAGUCGAGCGUCAGGAAGCUCCUCGUCUUCCCGUGACGCCUUCCAGACGUCCUGCGCGCCGUGUCGGUUUCCUGUGCUGGUUGGUUGGGAUCUUUGGUGCAGCCGUAGAGGCCAUGACAGUCCACUUCAUGUAGACCUGCUUUCUUAGGAGCUUCGCACUGUUAGCGCUUUUCGCACCAUUAGCUGUUAGUCGCCAGUUCAACCAUCGCCAUGUUGAGAGCCGUGUGGAGACAACCUGGGGGAUCCCUCUCCCCUGGUUUUACACACUGAACUCCAAUUAGCUGCAGAUAAGCACACGGAUCCCCAAUGAAGGCCGGAAUGCUCCAAAGAUCCCAGAAGUCCCUCCUCACAGCCAGGGCUCCUGCUGUCUGUCCGAGGUGCAAUAAACCCUCACAAACACUGGUGGAACUCUUUAUUGGUGUCAAAUAAAGUCCUCAUGUGAGUGUG